AUGCUGGAUUUCGAAUAUUUAUUAGAAAGAGUUGGUACAUUUGGCAAAUACCAAAUAAUUGUAUUUAUAUCACUGUGUUAUUUUGGUAUACCAUCAGGCCUGAAUGCGAUCGCAUCGGUGUUUUUGUCAUAUACACCAGAGUACAGAUGUCUUAUGUACCCGUUCGACAACUCUUCUCUUUACCCAAAUCUAACCAAUGAAGAAUUGUUUAAUCUAACAACUCCACUCGACGACAAAAAUGAUCCAAUUGAUGCAUGUCGAAGGUACGGAUACGAUUUAACAGAAUGUUCUGGACCAAAUGAUUUUUCCUGUGUCAACAAAAGUGAGCCACUUGUGUCUUGUGACGAGUUCUAUUAUAAUGAUAGUCUUUUUGAGGAAACUACAGUAACAGAGAAAUCGGAUCUUUUUCCAACUUUAAUACGUGUAAUGGUUCCCGAUAUUGUUCUAAAAAACUAA